GGCGUGAGCGACGCUGGAAAGCAGUCAGUAGCGUUUCUGCCGCCGCCGCUGAAGGGAGUCCUUCGUGAGGCCGCCAUGGCGCGGAGCUCGCUCUCCUCGCGCUUCCGCCGCCUCGACAUCGACCAGUUCGACGAGAACCGCUUCGUGGAGGAGGCCGAGGCCGGGAGCGGAGCGGGAGCGGCGGCGGCGGAGGAGGGAGAGGAGGAGGAGGAAGGCCUCGGGCCGGAGGUGGAGGCUGCGCUGCGGCAAGGAGACAUGCUCAGGGCAUUCCACGCAGCUCUGCGGAAUUCUCCUGUUAAUACAAAGAACCAAGCCGCAAAGGAGCGGGCCCAAGAAGUGGUGCUGAAGGUCCUAACCUCUUUUAAAGGGAGUGAGAUCGAGCAGGCGGUGAACUCCUUAGACAGCAACGGUAUUGACUUGUUAAUGAAAUACAUAUAUAAAGGAUUUGAAAAACCAACAGACAAUAGCAGUGCAAUACUACUUCAGUGGCAUGAAAAGGCAUUAGCAGUAGGUGGAUUAGGAUCCAUAGUCAGAGUUCUUACUGCACGAAAAACUGUUUAAAAGGCCAUGUUCACUUGAGUUGAGACACCCGGGAACUCUUUUGGAGCCAGCGGGAGGAACUGGCUACACCGACACUUUGGUCCAUCCUUCUGGGAACCACAAUCUACUGAAAUACUCUGGGGGGGGGGGGGUCUCCUUCCUUUCUUGGAGCAAAGUCUUUUUAACCACCAAGGUGGGAGGGGGAGGUUUUAUGUGUUAAUGUUUUCUGACUAUCGGAUUCUUCAAGAGCCGGGAGGGGACUACCUGCGACCUGCGCUGCAAAGGGAAGAGGGGUUGGCACAUGUGUGGACAUGCCUGUCUCCGGAACGGCUACUGCUCCAGCCCACUGUGUGUAUGUGCGUGCGUGAGAGAGUUUAAUUUAAAUUUAACAAAUGUUUGUGGUGGUGUCAGAAGCAACAAGCAUCUGUUUUGCGGGGUUGGAGAAGGGUUUUUCUUAUGCAAGAGGGCUUUUUGUACAUAGGUAAGAAUAGCUGGGCUAAGUAUGGAGUUGGUUUCAUGUAAAGUGCCUGCUGCUCUAUCAAAAUAAAGUUCUUGGAUGGUUAGAAUAAACCAGCUAUGGAUUUCAAUGCUA